CAUCUCCUAGCCCAUACCAAAAACCAGAUUGCCCUGCUCGAUGUGGGAAGGUAACAAUUCCAUAUCCCUUCGGAGUCGGGCCGGGCUGCUCGCUCGGGUCGUCGUUUAACAUCAGUUGCAACACCUCCACCACCCCUCCAAAACCGUACCUCAACAUCAGUCACGCUAAUUUCGAAGUGGGAUCUGGAUCCGGAUCCGGUAACCCGACCCGGAUUUGCAGACAAGCAGAUAAGAAUCGAUAACCCGACCCGGAUCCGGAUCCGGUACCCGUACCUGCUUUAUGGAGUUUGCUAUAAUCUAACAUCAGGCGAUGAAACGUGGGAAGAUAGGAGGAGGAUUUUCUUGUGGAAGACCCAAUACACGUUGUCGGAAAACAACUGGCUGACCACCAUCGGCUGCGAUGAUUUCGGGAGGACGACUACAAUUCGGGGCCGAGAAUACCUUGAUGCCUGCGUGGGCUUCUGUUCAAGCAAUACGUCUAUUGGCGGCGUUUGCCCGGACAACGGUGACGGCCAUUCCGUCGGCAAUGGCUGUUGCCGGGUACCCAUUGCCAAAGGUACCAGUUCCCUUUAUACCCGUACAUCUGACAUCAGUACAAUCAUGUAUCGCAAGAGGCUAUUCCCUUGUAGCUAUUCCUUUGUGAAGGAGAAGGGAAGCAUCAACAAACCUGCCCACAUGUAUAAUCUCAGCAUCCUGCAGCAAAGCUCCGGUGCGUUCUUCUAUAAAAAUCCAUCGCUGCAGGUGGUGAGUCUGGAUUGUAGGAUCGGCGACCAGAAUUGCUCUCGAGCAAGCCUGAACUCGACUUAUGCAUGUCAAUCUAACUCACAUUGUGUUGAUUUUGGUGCUGGGAUUGGUGGAUACCUUUGCAACUGCUCCCAAGGAUAUGCCGGAAAUCCAUACAUCUACCCAGGCUGCACAGAUAUUAAUGAAUGUGAUGAUAAUCCAUGUGCUCCACAUUCUCAUUGCAAGAAUAUUCCCGGAUCUUUUAGCUGUACGUGUGCAAGUGGAUAUAUUGGUGAUGGAAAGUUGGAGGGAAGUGCGUGUACAUUGUUGCCAUUGUCCAACAACAUCAAAAUUAUCUUAACAGGUUUAGGUACUUCAAUGGGACUUUUACUACUUCUUUUACUAUUUUUUUGGUUGCUUAAAGUGUUCAAGAAGAGAAAAUAUAAAAAGCUCAAAGAAGAUCUCUUCAAACACCUUCUUCUCCUGCAUCAACAAACAGGUCAGGGAACAUUUGGCAAAACCAAACUUUUCACUGCAAAAGAGUUGGAGAAAGCCACCGAUAACUUCAACAAGAGCCGAAUCUGCAGACGAGGAGGGCAAGGCAUUGUCUACAAAGGCAUGUUAUCCGAUGGCACAAUCGUGGCAAUCAAGAAACUAAACAAGGUUGAUGAGAACCAACUUGAGCAAUUCAUCAAUGAGGUCGUGAUACUGUCGCAAAUCAAUCAUAAGAACGUGGUCAGAUUAUUAGGGUGUUGUCUUGCCACUAAGGAUCCUCUUCUUGUGUACGAGUUCUUACCAAAUGGGACGCUUUUCGAUUUCAUUCAUGAUCCUAAGCCUGAAUUUCCGCUUACAUGGAACAUGCGGUUGAAAAUCGCCACAGAUGUAGUGGGAGCACUGGCUUACUUACACUUUGCAUCUUCUGUACCUAUCUAUCACAGAGACAUCAAGUCCACUAAUAUUCUUUUGGAUGAAAAGUAUGUUGUCAAAGUGUCGGAUUUCGGAAUUUCCAAACUUGUUGAAGUGGACCAGACUCAUCUAACCACGAUGGUGAAAGGGACGUUUGGGUAUUUAGACCUAGAGUAUUACCAAACAAGCCAGUAUACAGAAAAGAGCGACGUAUACAGCUUUGGAGUAGUGCUUCUUGAACUUCUGACAGGGCAACGGCCAAUAUCUAAGGAGAGAACAGAGGAGGGAAGAAACUUGGUUUCGCAUUUUCUUGCGUAUAUAGGAGCGAACAACCUUGAUGCCAUUUUAGAUGCACAAGUUUUGGUGGCAGGUGGGAAAGAAGAGGUUAUAGCAGUUGCAAGGCUUGCACGAAGAUGCUUGAAUGUUAGGGGGGAAAAUGCGGCCAACUAUGAAAGAAGUGGCUACGAAAUUGGAAAGUUUAGUAAUGUCUCAAAUACAUCCAGCCAAUGAUAUGGAGCUUGAAGA